GUGUGUGUGUGUGUGUGUGUAUGUGUGUAGUUCAAACUCUUGAAAUCUUGAAAUUGUAACUGCCUGUGGAGUCGCUGACUGCUAUCACUGACUGCUGUGUUGGAUCUGUCCUUAGACUUGUUUAUCUUUCUAGUGUUACGGCUGAAGUCUUCAGGGCCACCACUGACUCCAAGGACUCAUCACAGUAAGUACCACUGACUGAAAAGAAAACUGAAGAAGGAAGUUAAAUUGUAAGGUAAAAUUUGCUUUUUGAUCUAUUUUCUUAAAAGAUUCUGUCCUACAUUUACAGAGCAUUGUGCCAAUUAGAACAAUUUCUGUUUUUAUCAGUUUCAUAAUUUGAACAUCUUUCGCGUGAUUCUUAUUUUUCCCAUGGGAUAUUCAGUACUGCUGUUUAUGCUAUGUAAAAUCUCUCUAGCUUUCCAUAUUCACUUUUAUUUUUUCUUGGUUCACUGGGAUACUUCCGUAGUGUUGCCAGGAUUGGGGAUCUUCUUUUGACACUUCAAGGUACUUUCAGAUAAAGAAAUCUUAUUCAAGUCCUCAGUUUUCUUCUCCCAUCUUCCCUUAACAUACAUGCACACAUGUGUGAACACACACAUACACACAGACAUACCACUUUAAAGCACAUUCUAGAAUAUAGAAUAUGCUUUUUUUCUAUGUUAUUUUUGGGAGCUGGAAUUGGAUAUGGAUCUAAUAGAGUUGAAUUUUGUAAAAAUGAAAUGAGUGGAAACAGUGUCUUUUUUUAUUAAAAGAAUUAUUUAGAUUUAAUGGCAAAUGAUUCAGUUUCUUCUAAGAGCAGUAUUGUUUUUCAUUUUCUAUUUUGAUCGAUCAUUAAUCUUCUUUAGACAUUUUAAUUUUCAGCCUAUGGCUUAAGUUGAACAGGAAGACUUUACAGGUCAUGUAGAAUAUACUUUACAACCACAAAAAUUGCCUGUCACUUUCCUGUAGGUUUAAAAGGUUUUUACCACAUAAUUUUUAUAUUUUAGUGAAAAUCAUCCUUCUGUAUAUCUGGUCAAUGACACUAGUCAUCUUAGGUUUUCCAGCCCCCUCCCCUCUGUGUGGCUGUUCCCCUAUAAUUCUGAACUCUUCAUCAGCCACUAGUCAGGGUGAGCAAUGCUAACUCAUGUCUAAUCCCCUGGAGCUUCCUGAAUCGGCCACACCCAUAUCCCAGAUGUGACUGGAAGGUGUCAGAACUGAACUCCUUGCUGUGUUUUGAUACUCAUUCCAUCUUUCUCUGGCAACAUUUUUCUAGCAUGAACAGCUUGAACUUUUAGUCAGAGAGGAAUUGCUUUGUUGAAGAAAAAUGCCCUUACAAGUUGUGAACACCCUUAUUUGAAUGAGACUCAAGACAAUGUUUAACUCUGGGUUGGGUUCAUAGUCUGUGCAGAAUGAUGAAGUUAACAGAUUAAAGUCCAUUCAUGGGUUGUCACCCUUUCUUUGUCUUUUAAUAGACACUCCAAAGCUCUGGUUCUUUAACUGUCUACAAAAUGAAAGAUUCAUCUUCAGAGUGGGUAAGAAUUAGAGAGAAAAAAAAUGCAUGCUGACAAAAGUCAAGGCAAUGUAUUUUCUAGGAGGCACUGAAUUCAUUUUAAUCAACCAUUUAUACACACCCUACACUGUCAGAGAGUAAGUUAAAGGUGUUUAAAGUCUCCUCCAAAACUUUAAAAGAAUAGAGAUUAUUUGAAGAUCUUAUUAAAAUUUAAAUUCUGGUUCUAGAUUGGGACCUAGGACUCUACAGUUAUAACAAACUCAGAUGGGACCAAUAGAACAUGAUGCUUACAUGUGGACUGCAAUGAAUAAUAAUUGUUAAUAAAUGUGAUAAAUAUAAAGCAACAGUACCAAAUAAAAAUGAAAAAUUGAAGAAAUAAUGGCAAAAAUCACUCAAAUUUAAUAGAAACCAUAAGCUCACAAUUCCAUGAAGCUCAGUAUAGCUAAAGUUUAUAUUUAUGUAUACACACACACACACACACACACACACAAAUAACCAUACAAAGAAAUACCAUAAUUCAGUUGUGCAAAACCAGUGAUAAGGAAAACAAAAAAAUCUUAGAAGCAAAUAGAGAAAACAUAUGCAUUACCUACAGAGCAAGGGUAAGAAUGAUAAUAGACUUUCUGAAAGGAAAAGUAAGGUACAAUGUACAAGUUAAUGAUCAGUAAGAGAUUUGUUCUGCUCUAAAUCCAGAUUUUUAGUAUAUUUCUGUGAAACAUGAUUUUAAUUGAAAAUAAGAUGUGUAGUUCUGUAUCUUUCCAAAGUUUCCAUUAAAGACCUUUGUUCUGCUUGUCACUGAGCCAGUUGCUGCUGUUUGUGACCUUAUGCUCACAAAAAUGCCCUUUGUAUUUAGAUCUUUGUGUACUCGGUGCAUUAAAGGCCAAUUUUAUUUUCUGUUAUAUUGCAUUUUCUCCAGGAUGACAUUUCUCACUCAGAUUAUGAUGUCUAUUUUCUUUAUUUCUCUAUGAUUUAACUGUUAGUAGGAAGUCUACUAAGUAUAUGUACAACUUGCCACAAAAAUGAUCUCCCCAAGUGAUAUCUUGCGAAAAAAUCUGAAGAUGGUCCAUGGCUGUCCCAUGGUUUAUGCUUUUGCACACAACUGGGAAAGGAUUGAACAGUUCCGCAGCAGGCCAGAUGACAUUGUGAUAGCCACUUACCCCAAAUCAGGUACCACUUGGAUUAGUGAAAUCUUGGACAUGGUUCUAAAUGAUGGAGAUGUUGAAAAAUGUAAGCGAGAUGUUAUUACUGCUAAAGUUCCCAUGCUGGAAAUGGCUGUUCCUGGAAUGAGAAUGUCAGGUAUAGAACAAUUAGAGAAGAAUCCAUCACCUUCUCGUCUCGUGAAGACACAUCUACCAAUUGACCUUGUUCCUAAGUCUUUCUGGGAGAACAAUUGCAAGAUGAUUUAUCUUGCUCGAAAUGCCAAGGAUGUUGCAGUAUCAUUUUACCAUUUUGACUUAAUGAAUAAUUUUCAACCUUUUCCUGGAACAUGGGAAGAAUAUCUGGAGAAAUUCAUGACUGGAGAUGUGGCCGAUGGUUCAUGGUUUAAUCAUGUGAAGGGCUGGUGGAAGAAAAAAGAACAUCAUCCAAUACUUUUCUUGUACUAUGAAGAUAUGAAAGAGAAUCCAAAGGAGGAAAUCAAGAAGAUUACUAGAUUUCUAGAGAAAAACUUAAAUGAUGAGAUUUUGGAUAAGAUCAUUCAUCACACCUCAUUUGAAGUGAUGAAGGACAAUCCUCUAGUGAAUUACACACACCUGCCCACUAUACUGAUAGAUCACAGCAAAUCCCCUUUCAUGCGUAAAGGGAUUACUGGUGACUGGAAAAAUACAGCGUCCCAGAAUGAGAAAUUUGAUGCCCUUUAUAAAAAAGAAAUAUCUGGAACUACACUUCAAUUUCGCACAGAGAUUUAAACUGUAACUUGAAGAAAUAGAAGAUGACCCAUAGUUUUUAGAAACAAAGCAGUUAUGACUUGGCUGAGCAAUCAAAUGACUAUAGGGAAGAAAAAGCAUAUUUUAAAACUUUGAAUUUUCAGCAUCAUUAAUCAGGCUUCAGUUUGUUCCUCUGCCUCUGAGUUUCCUAAUUCCCAAAGCCAAGGUCCAUCAUUCCUGUUUUGUAGGCUAAUCCUGCCUUUUCCUAGAUUAGACCAGAUAAGACAGUAUUUACCCUCCUCAGUCUCCCUCUUUUAUGACUGCUGUUUGUAACCUGACACUAUAUUUCCUGCCUCUACUGGUUUCCUUUGAUGAAUUAUUGACCCAGGACACUGUGUUCCCCUGCUGUUUACCGGGUGUGUCAAACUCUUCCUGAAGUCAUAGCUCAUCUUCCUCCAUUUGGAUAACACAGUUCAUGUUCCAGAUCCUAUAUAUUUUUUUUCUGUACCUUAUUUAAUGUCCAGGUCUCCAAAGGGCAAAGACCUAUAUUGUUCUCUCUAAGGUCUUCCCUGGGGACUGGAGAUUGUCUCUUAGAGACUGUCUCUGUGAGCACCAUGACUUGCUUCCUGUGGACAGUCCUCUUCUCUUAGGAAACCCUUUUCAAUUUCUAUAGAUCACACAUUGCAGUGCUCUGGUCACUUUGAUCUUUUUCCGAAUAGAUUUGAAUUCCCUAAUAGCACUCAAGAUAAGGGUAUAUAGCUGCCACUGAAAAUCUCCCCGUCUGCUGUCCAAGGAAGACUAGCCUGAGUCUCACUCUGCCCUCCUGACCCAGGAUCCCUCCUACCUACUAUCCCACACUAUGGCUACGUGCUUGGACUCUCGAUAGAUGUUUCCGGGAACAUUCAUAUCUCAACUCUGGUUCUUCCAUGCAUGUAGCUAUGCCUCUAUCCAUGUGCAGCAAAAACUUUAUCUGAAGUUCAUAUCAGCAUGUGCCAAAUUAAAUCCAAAGCCACAGUUCUUAAACUGAAGCUCAUUAGAGUGCUCUGGGCUGGGCCUUUCCAUGUUCCAGGAGUUGGAACUUCAAAUGCAUUUUAGACUCCCUGAGGCAUAAUACAAAUAUCAGUGGGUUGCAGUUUUGCAAAUAUGUGCUCUCAGUCUGGAAUAGUUGAAAUACUCCUUCACCCUGUAACUACACUCCUUUCCAAUCCCAGCAGAAGAAUAAUGUAGUACUAAAUGCAAAUCCCCCAGAAAUGAUUGCCUCUGAUUCUGGAAAUAUUUGCUUCUAUACAUUUAUAGUGUAUAUUAUAAAUUAUUUUAGGAUAAGCAACUUGUGUUCAUGCUCUUUAGAAACAUAUUUUGAAGGUGUUAAUUCUAUAAGUCUAUGUAUGUUAUGAAUACCAGCUAUGUAGAAUAUUGUUUUUAAGAAGGAAGUAAAGUAAGCCAAUCAUGUGUCUAUUUAUUUGUUAUCUUUACUAACAAUGAGUAAAUGUUGCCUGAAUACAUAUGGGCUUCUGCUACUAUAGUCUGUUACUGGGGGAAAAAAAUCUGAACUAGACUUUAAUCUUUGUAAUGAGUUGGCUGCACUAACUAAUUUCACUAGCAGAAUAUAAUAAUUCCUACUUUCCCUAGUUUUCCUCUUUGGAAUAACUUUCUCACUGGACUUGAUUCUACAGCAACAAUAAAAUACUGUAAGAUUAAA